GCGCCCUCAGCCAUACGGCUUCGUCCUGCGUUUGCACACCGUGCGCUCAGCAGAGGCGCGCGGAGGCUCCGAACCUUGCACAAGCGCUCCUGUGCUUCGCGGCGUUCGGCAUCCACAACCCGGUCUGCUGUCGGUGCGAGUGCCCGGUGCGUUCCCCACCCAGCCAUGUCGUCUUACAGCCGCGUGGCGCUUGUAACCGGGGCCAACAAGGGCAUUGGCUACGCCAUUGUCCGCGACCUGUGCCGGCAGUUCUCGGGGGACGUGGUGCUCGCGGCGCGGGACGCGGCGAGGGGCCAGGCGGCCGUGCAGCAGCUGCAGGCGGAGGGCCUGAACCCGCGCUUCCACCAGUUGGACAUCAAUGACUUGCAGAGCAUCCGCGCCCUGCGCGACUUCCUUCGCAAGGAGUACGGGGGCCUGGACGUGCUGGUCAACAACGCUGGAAUCGCCUUCAAGAACAAUGAUCCCACACCGUUUCAUAUUCAAGCAGAAGUGACGAUGAAAACAAACUUUUUUGGUACUCGAGAUGUCUGCACAGAGCUUCUGCCGCUCAUGAAACCCCAAGGCAGAGUGGUGAAUGUGUCGAGCAUGGUGAGCCUCAGAGCUCUUAAAAGCUGCAGCCCAGAACUGCAGCAGAAGUUUAGAAGCGAGGCCAUCAGCGAGGAGGAGCUGGUGGGGCUCAUGAACAAGUUCGUGGAAGACACGAAGAAUGGAAUACACCAGAAGGAAGGCUGGCCUAAUACCGCGUAUGGAGUGACAAAGAUUGGCGUCACGGUCCUGUCCAGAAUCCAUGCCCGGAACCUGAGUAAGCAGAGGGGAGGGGACAAGAUCCUCCUGAAUGCCUGCUGUCCAGGGUGGGUGAGAACCGACAUGGCAGGACCCAAAGCCACCAAGAGCCCGGAAGAAGGAGCAGAGACCCCUGUGUACUUGGCCCUUUUGCCCUCAGAUGCUCAGGGCCCUCACGGACAGUUCGUUAUGGAGAAAAAAGUUGAGCAGUGGUGAGGUCCUCUCAUGGCUUCCUCCUUGGGCCCCAUGAUGUUAUCUGUCCUGAAUUGACCUAUUGGAUACUUACACUGUCAAAAAUAUCGCUACCUAAAAAAUAUAUAUACAUAUAUAUAUAUAUUUCUAUUAAGAACUCAUUGUGACUUGGCUACUAAUUCCGAGAGUCUUGUGAUUUCUUCUGUGAUGUAGGGGGAGAAAAAGUGGACUGGAUGACAGCAAUUACUGAGAAUCAGUAGGUGAAUAAAUUUCUUUCUGCAGA